GAACAGGCCGAACAACUGGCGCACGAUGGCCAAACUGCAGUGACGUCACCGCGGCGGGACCGCGCCAUCUUCGUAAUAGAAGAGAAGUGUGGAGGUUGAAUUAUAGCCGUGUCUUCUGAAAGAAAGUCUUGCUACAUGGAGUGAUACUCUUGCUUUUCGAGCAGGUGGUCGAGCAGUUUUUGUCACCAUGGGGGUCAAGAUCCAACGUUCUCGGUGCUUUCUUGACAUCGGAAUUGGAAAUGUACUUGUCGGCCGCAUCGUCAUUGAGCUGUUUUCCGAUGUCUGUCCCAAAACGUGUGAAAACUUCCGAUGCCUUUGCACAGGUGAGAAAGGCAUUGGUAAGGGAACGCAGAAACCUCUCCACUACAAAGGAUGUCUGUUCCAUCGCAUUGUGAAAGACUUCAUGAUCCAAGGAGGGGACUUCAGUGAAGGCAAUGGAAGAGGAGGGGAAUCCAUCUACGGGGGAUUUUUUGAAGAUGAAAGCUUUGCUGUGAAACACAACAAGGAGUAUAUGCUGUCUAUGGCAAACAGGGGAAAGGACACAAAUGGAUCACAAUUUUUCAUAACAACAAAGCCAACUCCACAUCUGGAUGGGGUUCAUGUGGUUUUUGGCCAUGUGAUUUCCGGUCAAGAGGUUGUACAAACUAUGGAGAGCCAGAAAACCGAUCCAAAUAGCAGACCUUAUGCAGAAGUUAAAGUUAUGAACUGUGGGGAACUUGUCCCCAAAUCAAAAGCCAAGAAACACAGCAAAAAGAAAGAGAAGGCCUUGUCGGGUUCUAGUGGUAGUUCUAGUGACUCUGGCACCUCCUCAGAAUCCUCUUCCGACACCGAUGAAUCUGACAAAGUGUCUAAGAAGCAGAAAAAGAGAGCCAAAAAGAUAAAGAAGAAGCAGAAAAAAAAGGAGAAAAAGCCAGAACCUGAAACUGUUGAAGAGAAAGAGCAGGAUGAGGUGGUCACAUCUACAGUGCGUCCUGAAGAAAUACCUCCAGUCCCUGAGAAUCGCUUCCUUAUGAGGAGAAGUCCAUCGAUUGUGGAGCCGGAAAAGGAGAACCUGGAGAAGGAACAGCGUCAUAACGAACGACCCAGAGACAGCUUUGGUGGGAGACACAAUUCUCAGUCAACCUACAAUAGAAGACUGGUUAUGACACGAUCUGGCAGAAAGAUAAAAGGCAGGGGCCCCAGGAGAUACAGAACUCCCUCACGGUCUACUUCAAGAUCUAGGGGUCGUUUUCGGCGAAGUGAAACUCCUCCUCACUGGCGUUUAGAGUUGCAGCGCCAGAGAACGAGAGCAGUCACAGGAGAACGUUGGAUUAAGGGUGAUAGAGGUGACAUGAGCGAGGAGAAGGACGAGGCCACUAAUUCACAGAGGAAAGAACGGCAAUCAUCUGGUACCAAGCUGGAAUACGCACACGAGGGUAAAAAAGACAAGAAAGCUCGGUCUCAGCGAUCCAAAAGCAGGGAAGACUCUGUGGGAAAGGGUGAAAAGAAAAGCAAGCAGAAGGACAGGAAAAGAGCCAGAUCUAAAAGCCACAGUAAAAGUAAGAGGUCAAAAAGCAGAGAAAAGAGGAGAUCAAAAAGUAAAGAAAAGAGUCACAGGCAUAAAAGUAGCGACAAAAAAGAUCGCUCGAAGAGCAAAGAUCGAAGUGUGACUAAGAAAGAAAAGCUGUCUGAAUCUGAUCAGAGCAAGGAAAAAAUUAAAGAGAAAGAGUCUAAUGAUAAGCAGAAAGCGGAUUCAAAAACAAGCAAUGGUGAGAAAACAAGGACCAAGUCCCCAAGCAAAGACAGAAAUGCAAAGGAUGUACACAGAUCCAGCAGCAGAAACCGAGAGAAGGGUGGACGUGCCACUUCCAAGGACAAAGAGGAAAAACAAGAAAAAGACAGAGCGAGGGGCAGGGAAAGCAGUAGGAGCACACAUAGAAGACAUACCGAUGAAAAGGAAGACAAAAGACGGAGAUCCCGGAGUAGGGAGCGUGGGAAAAGUCCAGACCGAAGCAAGACCAGAGAUUUGCAUAAGAGCAGGCGCUCUAGAAGCAAGAGCAGUAGGAGAGGGCGGAGCAAAGAUCGCUCAAUGCUUCGUAAAGACAGCCAGAGGAGGAGAAGAAGAAGGAGCAGCAGUAGUAGCAGCAGGAGCAGCAGCAGCUCUGACAGCGAUAGAGACAAUAGACGCAAGCGCCGCAAGAGCUCAGAUUCCAAACGGAGAAGAUCCAAAAGCACCUCCAAAGACAGGAAAAGAGGCAACACUAAAGGCAAGAAUGACCGCACGAAGAAUCGCUCAAGCUCUAGUUCCAGCUCUGAUAGCCACUGAGAUCUGUUAUCUAAUGCUCGGUGCGCAUUCAGCAUGCAGCUGUUUGUCAACCUAACUGCUGACAUUCCUCACACACCUCCUCAGUUCAUCCAUACCUUCUGGCAACCUUAAAUUGCUGAACAAUACACAAGAGGCUGCACUGUAUGAAUGCAAUGCUUGAAAACGGGAGGAUCUGGACUGAAGCAGCAGAAACUACAGACCAAUCUUGUGAGCUUUGCUCCUGUUAAUAAACCUGAAUUUGUCUACUGAGAAAAUGGAAAGAAUAAGAAACCCAUGUAAUAAAAAUACAACUUUAAAAGCUGAAAAUGUAGAUCUUAGGCUUAGUUGCAGCCCUGAGCCGAAGCAACGAGUGGGUGGUAGACGGAGGGUAAGCUAAAGUGUACUAUAGAGGACUGAAAACCAGCACCCCUAUAAGGUAACACUUUGAGGCUGCUCUUUUAAACAGUAUGACUACAGUUCGGAUUUUGCUUAGUUUUUUUUUUUUUUUGCCGCAACCAGCAAAAUAUGUUUUUAUACUGAUUUCAUUGUUAUUUAACAUCGUUUUGAGGCCGCCGGAUAUGAGAAUUGAUAAAAUUUUGUUGUACGGUUAUGUAUGAUCUAGAGGUUUUAAUCUUUUUAAUGAUCUCUUGCCAGUUCGUCUUGUUGUCAGCCGAGUGAUGCCCCUUGUGUGUUUUGAAAUGGAAAAAAAACUAAUGCUGCAAGUACAACAUGAAAUCUUGUUGGAAUUGUCUUUAUUGUACAAGCUGUUUUAGGAGCUCCCUUCUCCUUUUAAAAAGGUAUUAAAAAACACAAUUGUGA